AUGGAGACUAAUGGGAUUAUUGUACCUGCGGAAAUGGAAACUGAACCUAUUCAAGCUAUCCCUCCGUCAGAAGAAAAUGUCUCUACUUCAGCUUUCUAUCCUCAAGUAAGGAAUGAGCUUAAACCCUUCAAGGGUCAGCAAUUUAAAACAUGGGAAGAGGCACAUGUUUUUUAUACCAAAUAUGCAUCUGCAGCUGGGUUUGUUGUACGAAUUGGUUCCAGUAAAAGGAGCAGAGCAACUAAUGAGUUUAUAAGGAAAGAGUUUUUUUGCAAUAGACAAGGAAAUAGUCCGAUUGAAUUGACUGGUGAUGAGAAAAGGAUUCGUGGUGUAGUAAGGGAGGACUGUAAGGCGAGAAUGAUAGUUGUGAGAGACAAGUCUGGUGGAUUUGUAGUCAAUAUAUUUGAUGAAGCUCACACUCAUCCUAUGACAAGUCCAAAAAGACUCCACUUGCUGAAGUCCAAUCGUCGACUUACUAAAGCUCAGAGAUCAUUAUGGGAACAACUAUCCAUGGUAAACAUACCCACACACCAGCAAUUUGACAUUCUUGGAGUGCAAGCAGGAGGAUUUCAGUACAUUGGUUGUACACAACAAGAUUUGUACAAUCUUGAAAGGGAUAAGCGUAAAGAGACAAAAGGGCAUGAUGGAGAAAUGUUGCAUGACUACUUUCUGCUAGAGCAAGAAAAAAAUUCCGGGUUCUUUUUCACAAUAAAGGCAGAUGUUGAAAAUAGGAUUACUCAUUGUUUUUGGGCUGAUGCAAUUUCGAGACAGUCGUAUAAGUUUUAUGGUGAUGUGAUUAUCUUUGACACAACAUACCAAACCAAUCGGUAUAGUUUGAUUUUUGCACCAUUGAUGGGGAUAAAUAACCAUGGUCAGACAAUUGUGUUUGGAGCUGCAUUCUUAAGUGACGAGACUACAGCUUCGUUUGUGUGGUUGUUGAAAGAAUUUUUGAAUGCUAUGCCAGGGGGUCCUCCUAAAAUGAUCAUUACUGAUCAAGAUCCAGCCAUGGAAAAAGCUAUUUCUGAAGUCCUCCCAGACACAUUUCACAGAUAUUGUAGCUGGCAUAUCUUGAGAAAGUUUUCUGAGAAGCUUGAUGCAAUCAAAUUCAGAGAUCACUAUGAUGAAUUCAGAAAUUGCAUUUACUCAUCUGAGAAUGCAGAGGAGUUUGACUUCAAAUGGAAAUCAGUUCUUGCAAAAAGUGGAUUAAGUGGACAUAAGUGGCUGCAAUCAAUUUAUGAAUUUCGGUUUAGAUGGGUGCCGGCUUAUAUGAACCACAUUUUCUCAGCUGGCAUGUCAAGUAGUCAACGAGCAGAAAGUGCGCAUUCCUUUUUUAAGGAUUAUGUUUCUCAUAAAAAUUCUCUAGUGGACUUCAUCGUUCAGUUUAGUCGGGGUCUUUUACACAAACGGCAUGAGGAGUUGAUUUCAGAUCACAUUGACAUCAAUGAGAAGCCAAGAUUUAAGUGCCCCAUUAAGAUGGAAAAGCAAAUGGCUGCUAUUUAUACACGGAAGUACUAUUACAUAUUUCAAGAUCAGUUGUGGGAGAGCUACAGUUACAAUCUUGAGGUCACAAAGGAGGAUGAAACUAAUUGUAUACUUAAGGUUAUGCGUCAGGAUCAUGAGGAUGGAAGAGCCCGAGUCAUUUUGUAUGACAAAUCAAAAGAUUUUGCCUCAUGUAGCUGCAAAUUGUUUGAGAGUGCAGGAGUCCCAUGUAGACAUGUUCUAGCAUACUUACACAAGGUACAUCAAGUUCAUAAAUUUCCAGAUCAAUACAUUUUGAAGAGAUGGACAAAAUCUGCAAGAUCUGAGGUUGUGAUGGACAAGAUUGACAUGGAGAUAACUGUUAGGAAGUCCUUACUUGAAAAACGUGGUCUACUGUUCCAGCAAUAUUCACAUGUAAUUGAUAGCGUUGUCUUAAGUGAAGAAGCAAGUCAAUUGUUUCGUGAAGCAAUGGAUUCUUUGAUUGAGAAGAUUAGGCCACUACUUGCCAAUAAUAGCAGUGAAGGUGUGGAGCCUUGUGCAAAAACAAGUUCAACUCAUCAGAUUGAUUUGAGAGAACCAGAUGAAGUUAAGACAAAAGGAAGGGCUAAAAGAAUUAAGAGAGGAAAAGAGAAGGAAAAUGGAAAACGCAACAGUUCCGGUAGACAUUGUCAUGGAUGUGGCAAAGAUGGGCAGACCCAUGACAAACGCAAUUGUCCACUGCUCAAUCAAUCUGCUGAUGUUGAUACAAAUGAAAAAUUUAGUGAAGAUGACAUUGAUACUGAUAGUUAUUCAUCACAGGUUGAUCAUGAGUAA